GUGACGGCGGUGCAGGUGAACAACACUUCCGGGGGUGGGCGCUAGCAUCGCUACUCCUAGCUCGGGCUCCGGCUCCGGCAGGUUCGCAGGGGUCAGGCUAUGGCGUCCUCCUCCGCCUCGUCGGCCACCGUACCGGCGGCGACAGCGGGCCCGGGCCCGGGUUUCGGCUUCGCCUCCAAGACCAAGAAGAAGCAUUUCGUGCAGCAGAAGGUGAAGGUGUUCCGGGCCGCUGACCCGCUCGUGGGCGUGUUCCUGUGGGGCGUCGCCCACUCGAUCAAUGAGCUUAGCCAGGUCCCACCCCCUGUAAUGUUGCUUCCAGAUGACUUUAAGGCUAGCUCCAAGAUCAAGGUCAACAAUCACCUCUUCCACAGGGAGAACCUGCCUAGUCACUUCAAGUUCAAGGAGUAUUGUCCCCAGGUCUUCAGGAACCUUCGAGAUCGGUUCGGUAUUGAUGACCAAGACUACCAGGUCUCUCUUACCCGAAGUCCCCCAAGUGAGAGCGAAGGCAGUGAUGGUCGAUUCCUUGUUUCCUAUGAUCGAACUCUGGUCAUCAAAGAGGUUUCUAGUGAGGACAUUGCUGACAUGCAUAGCAACCUCUCUAACUACCACCAGUAUAUAGUCAAGUGCCAUGGCAACACGUUGCUCCCCCAGUUCCUGGGAAUGUACCGGGUGAGCGUUGACAAUGAAGACAGCUACAUGCUUGUAAUGCGCAACAUGUUCAGCCACCGACUCCCUGUGCACAGGAAGUAUGACCUCAAGGGUUCCUUGGUAUCCCGAGAAGCCAGUGAUAAGGAAAAGGUUAAAGAAUUGCCCACUCUGAAAGAUAUGGACUUUCUCAACAAGAACCAGAAAGUUUAUAUUGGUGAGGAGGAGAAGAGAGUAUUUUUGGAAAAGCUAAAGAGAGAUGUGGAGUUUCUGGUACAGUUGAAGAUUAUGGACUACAGCCUCCUACUGGGUAUCCAUGACAUCGUUCGAGGGACAGAGCCGGAGGAAGAAGGUCCUGGUCGAGAGGAGGAACCAGAAGGGGAGGGGGACUGUGGUAUGGCAGGGCCUCCAGCUCUGGUUGGCUCCUGUGGCACCUCUCCUGAGGGGAUUGGGGGCUACAUCCAUGCUCACCGACCCUUGGGCCCUGGCGAGUUUGAGUCCUUCAUAGACGUCUAUGCCAUCCGAAGUGCUGAAGGGGCCCCCCAGAAGGAGGUAUAUUUCAUGGGCCUCAUUGACAUCCUGACCCAGUAUGAUGCCAAGAAGAAGGCAGCUCAUGCAGCAAAGACUGUCAAGCAUGGGGCUGGUGCAGAGAUCUCUACUGUCCAUCCUGAUCAAUAUGCCAAGAGGUUCCUAGAUUUCAUCACCAACAUCUUUGCCUAGGAGACUUCCCGGCCCUUUGUGACAUCUCCUUAGACUUGGGGGAAUAGGGGGAGGAAGGAGUGACAGGGCUGUAGGGGGAAGACUGGAGGAGUUAGGGGUGUCCUUCCUUAGCUAAGCCCAGGUUGCCUCUCCCCACUCCCACAGUGACAUCCUCCCUGCUUCUUGUCCUAGCCAUACCACCCCCGAGUCAGCUUCAGUAGGGUUUUGCUGAGAACUUUUUUUUUUUCUCUCCCAAGUGCCUUGAUCUUUGUAAAAUGUCAGGUUAUUUUUGUAAAAAUAGGAGGAGCUGGAUUGGUUGGGGGGGAGGGGAAGGGUGUCUUCUGACCCUGGCAGGACCAAUGACUUGACUCCAGAAGUGGCUGCAACCCGGAAAGCUUGAGCCAGGCACAGCGGCUCACUCUUCCUCUUCCAACAUCUUCCCAUGGACCUGGGGAAGAUGUGGAUGCAGCCUGUCUGUGCAGGAGGUGCUGUAGCCAGUCUUACUAGUUGAAGUGGAGGGGUGUGUGGAAGAUAGUCAGCAGGCUGGCUUUUCACUGGGUUGGGGUCUUCCCCAGCCCCUCUCCCAGCAUCUUGGGCACCUAAGUCCUGAAGCAUCUUCACUGUCUGGGCCCGAGUUGGGGUCGUCGUCUGGUUGCUGCUACUGGAUACCAGAGCCUCUGUCCCCACCUGGGCCUGGGACCAUUUCAUCGGGUAUAUCUCGGAGGCUGGAGUGAAGAAAGAUUCUGGAGCUUUAGCUCACUAGAUUUAAUACUAUUUUCCCUUUGUCUAGUUAUUUCUGGGUAUUGUUCCAGGGGCAGGGGAGUGACCUGGACCAAACCUGGUUAUCUUUGGGGUGAAUUGAACCCAGCACCAUUUCUUUUUCCUCUCUCCCUCCAAUUUUGUCAUCAGCCUAGCCCCAUUCAACCUGUCUUGUGCUGCUAUUAUAUCUCCCAGAAAUAGGUGGCAUUGUCAUCCCUAUUCCCUACCUCCUGAGAGGAAUCAGCCAUAACUGCCCCUCCCUAAAUCAUAUAGGGGUAGUCUACCUAACUGGGGUUUGAGGGGCAUCAGGGGCGUAUGAGCCUAGGGGAAACAGAUAUGGACUCGCUUUGGGGUUGAGACAAUCACUCCUUCCUAGGUUUCUAUGGUAUUGGCCAAGGUUAUGGGUCAGUGCAAGUACUCCCUGUGGGGCUAAACUGUUCUAUCAAUAAGAGGUAGCCCUGUGAAUAUUUUCACCCACCUACUUCCUUACUCCUAAUUUUAUUCUUCAGGAGGAAGAAACUGAAGAAUUGUGUGUAUGUGUGUGAGUGAGAGAGUGUGUGACUGAUGUCUGAUAUCCACCUCCCUCUUAUCCUCCUUCCAGGGGCCUGGUUGAACUUACUCCUUCCCCCUAUUUUUCCCCUGUCUAUAUGCAAUAAAACUUAGGACACCAACAACUGCCUUUCUCUAGGAAUUGGUUUUCUGACCUUGUAGCUGAUGCAUCUGAGGCAGUGUGGGUGUCUUUAUUUGUUGCAACCUUUUUUUUUUUGUAAAAAAAAAAAAAGGAAAAAAAGAAUCUUGCAUAUUCCUAUUCUUGCUGUCUUAAUAUAGAAGUAAAUUAUUAAACCUGAACUGCUU